AUCGUAUUUUUUAAAUAUUUUUCAUUUUUUGUCCUCAUAUGAUGAAUUUCACCGAGUGUUCAAACAAUUUAAACUUACAAAAAUUUCAUUAAAAAAUUCUAUUAAUAUGCCAGAUCUAUGAACGGAAGAGAACUACUUAAACUUUUAGUUUUGUUUUCCGUUUGUGGCUUUGGGAUCUGUGGAAAAAGAAACCAAAUUUGGUUUGAAGUAAUGAACAAGUUACUUAUUUGAAAUCCUAGAUAGCAGCUGAAAAGUGUAGCUAUUCAAGAAUAUUUUUUUGAAUUUUUUUAUAUGCUAAAUUCAGUUCAAGUUAGAGAAGUGAUAUUUUUUUCUUUCUAAGUUAAAUAAAUUCUGUUGACAAUGGAAAGAGAAGCACAUGGUUCAAAAAAUUUGUUCAAUCUUGAGGAUGAAAUUCCCUGGGUGACUUCUGGACUUUAUUAUCCUAAAGAAGAAGAAUGUCAAGCUAAAAAGAGUAAUCAUUCUUAUAUGCCUGAGGGAAUGAAAAAGCAUCAGUGUCGUCGACAAAGUGAACCAGUUGUUUCAAAAAUUUUAGAAGCUUGUAGCCCCAGAUUGAUGCAUCAGAAUAAAUUUGCUUUAUACUCUGGAACAAAUGAUGAAUUUGAAAGCAUUUCAUAUUUGCCUAAAGGGACUAUGAAACAAACUUUCAUGCAUACACAAUCUGCAGAAAAUUCACCACAAAUAAGAAGGCGUUACAAAAGUUCUGAGAAAUGCUUUAUAGUAAAUUUAUAUAUAGAAGCAAAAGCUUUCCAUCUUGGACCAUUUGCAUUUGAAAUUUAUCCUAAAAUGAAUGUAGGACUUCUAAAAUUAAAGGUCGAAAAAGAACUGGAGAUACCAACUUCAUUUCAAAAAUGGAUAUUGAACAAAUCAUUGGCAAUUGAUAAUGACUUAUUACUUAUGGAUUAUGAUGUUGUUCCUGGUUCUCCAAUAUUUUUAUAUGUAGAUUCAAACUUUGAAAAAAGUAUUGACCUAGAUAGAUUAUAUUCCCUUGUUAAAGUUUCUGCAAAUAAAAGUACUCACAGAAAUGUUGAUGUUUGCCAUAAUACUUUCAAGCAGUAUCCUGUUAAAACUAGCACCCCUGAAAACAGUGAGAGAGUGGCUUCUGGAAAGAAACCAGAUCCACAUAUUAUGAUUAAAAAUCUACCAAAGAAAAAGUGUGAAAAAUUAGAUUUUGAAGAACGUGAAAGAAGAAAAAAGAAAUUACCUGAGCAUGUAUUUGAAAAUUGUUCGCAAAAGUCAAACUCUGCAGAGAUGGAUUCUGAGAAUAUCUUUCCAACACAAGAUGUGACUGUAUCAUAUCAGAAAAAUUCUGCUAGCACUAACAAGAGACCAUUUAAACCAGUAUUUUCAAAAGUAAAAGAAAGCCAUACCUUAUUAAAUAAUGUAAUUUCAGGCAAUGCCUGCUGUUCUACUAAAACUGAUGAUACAGGCAUUUCAAAAAUUAGCACAGAAAAUACUUCCAACAAAUACCAUUCAGACUGUUCUGUUGCCAAAGAUGUAUUUAAAUCACAAAUACAAAUAGAAGGAGAAAAAAUGAAUUUUUGUUCAAAUGUGGAAAACAGCAAUCGAUCUAUGAAGGAUUUAACUGUUAUAUUAGACAGAAAAAAUUUUGAAUCUAAAAAACAUGUUGUAUGUGAUUUAGAGGAAUCUGUUCCUUCAUCUAGCCUAAAUUAUAAAAUCCCAUCAUCAAAAUUUGGACAAAAUUCGAUUUUGGAAAAAGUGCGUAUGAAGCAAAAAAUUAAAUUAAAAAAAGAAAAUGAAAAUUUGUGUAUUGUAGAAAAUAUUCAAAAUAUUGUAUCAGAAGUUAAGGCCAUUGAAAAUUCUAUGCAACCAAUGGUUGAUGUAAAUGCAUCUCAAAGUGACAAAAAUGAAAAUGGAAAUUUGUGUAUUGUAGAAAAUAUUCAAAAUAUUGUAUCAGGAGAUACGGCCAUUGAAAAUUGUAUACAACCAAAGGUUGAUGUAAAUGCAUCUCAAAAUGACAUUUUGCCUCAAAGCAAUCUUCAAUCUGAGUGUGGUAAUAGUUCUCAUGAUUUUUUUGGGAAAAUUCCUUCUGAAAUAGGGAAUAUUGAAAAUAAUCAAGAAAGGAGUACAAUUUUACCAGGUCUUAAUGAGGAAGAAAGACCAGAUUGUGCAGAAAUUCCUAUGAAGGAUUCUGAAACAGAAGAUAUAAUAAAUGAAGAAAAACACGAACUUACAGAAAUUUCUACAAAAGAUUUGAAAGCAGAAAAUUUAACUGAUUCUGCAAAGGCACAAAAUAUCGAAAGUAUUGAUAAAGAUGCUUUUAGAGAAUCAGAGAUAACUGAAAUAUGCAUUGUAAAUAAUACUGAUAAAUCUUCUUCUGAAAUUCAUGGUGAAUACUCUAAUUCAACUAAGAAUAUUACUGACUCAUCAAGUUCAAGCAACAAUAGACAGGAAGUGCAAGAAAAAGAAAAUGAAGUAACCAAAAAGUGUGCUGAAGAUUAUGAACAUAUGUUGAAAAUGGAAAAUUUAAAUCUUGUAAGAAAUGUUGUAAAUUUCACAUGCCCAGUCUGUUUUGGAGAUUUUGAAAGUGAUCAGGGUGUUGUGUUACAUGAAUGCCUGCAUACAUUCUGCAUUGACUGUUUAGCAAGAACUAUAGACUAUGCAGAAGAAGUAUUAGUUAAAUGCCCAUAUAGGGAUGAUGAAUAUUCUUGUCAAAGUUUCUUGCAACAGCGUGAAAUAAAGGCACUGGUCUCCCCUGAGAUUUAUGAAAGAUAUCUUCAACGAAGUAUAAUAACUGCUGAAAGUCUUGCUGAGAAAAGCUUUCACUGCAAAACUCCAGAUUGUCCUGGCUGGUGUAUGUUUGAUGACAACAUUAAUGUCUUUCUUUGUCCUGUUUGUUUCCAUUACAACUGUUUAAAUUGCAGAACAAUACACGAAGGAUUGAAUUGCAGACAAUAUCAAGACAAGUUACAAUCUCAGAAGAAAUUAGAUCCUGAUUCUGAAAAGACUCUUGAAUUUCUCAAUAAAAUGAUUGAAGCUGGAAAAGCAUUGAAAUGUCCAAAGUGUGAUCUUAUAUUAAUGAAAAAAUGGGGAUGUGAUUGGCUCAAAUGUGCAGUUUGUCUUACAGAAAUAUGUUGGAUUACAAAAGGCCCAAGAUGGGGUCCUGGUGGACAAGGUGAUACUAGUGGAGGCUGUAGAUGUGGUGUUAAUGGUAUUAAAUGUCAUCCAUCAUGUACUUAUUGUCACUGAGAGUUACACUUUUUCAAGUUACUACAGAGAAGAUAUUAUUUUUAAAUAUAAAAUAAGACAAAAAAUUUUGGAGAACAAAUAUGAUUAAUCAUCAAUUUUUUACAUUUUCUGGAACAGCUUUCAUUUGGCAUCCCUGUUAGCUCAAAAUGCGCAACAUUGUUUGACAUUCAGAUUAUUAAGCAACAUGGGGGAUUUACCUUACCAUAUCUUUUGUUACAGGAUGAGAAUAAUUCUAAGUUAUAAAAAAAGUAGUUGUUGCUUUUUGCUGUUGAUUAAUUGAGUGCAUUUAUAUUAUUUAGCAUUAUAAAAAUAUAUCUAUCAGUAUAAAAUAUGUAUCAACAAAAAUGAAAAUAGUAUUAUCUUUCUUCUAUUUUGAUGUUGCUCAACGUGCUUUAUUAAGUAAAUAAUUUUAAAAGAGAGAAAAAUAGUAAAAACCAUGAAAUAUUGUAUUUUUAAAAAAAUGUUAAUUAUGAUAUUGCAUUUAAAUUACUUUCUAUAUUAAAGAAUAGUCCAUUUGUAUAAAAAAUGCACUAAAUGCACGAUCUGUGAUUAUAUUAUCAUUUGCUGUUUUUAAUCAGUUAUUAGCAUUUUAAUUUAAUAUCCAUGGAGCUUCUAUAUAAAUUAUUAAAUUUUUCUUUAUUUAUACAUUAAAGAAUAAUGCUUUUAUGCAUAAUACAUUGUUCAAUGGAAUUUACUGUCUCCAAAAUCUGUAACCUUAUUUGAAAUGAGCCAAGAUCUUUUGACAAGGCUGCGAUUUUUAUUGAUUUUUCAGAGGAAUCUGGCUUAAAAGAUUGACUUCCAUAACAGCGAUUUAUAUAAGCAAUUCUGUAAACUCAUCAUAUUUGUUAGGUAUAUUUGCUAUGUUCAUCAGUAUUUACAAUUUUUGUUACAUGAGUGAUUUGAUCAGCUUUUGUCAUUGUUCGUUUCUAGAUCAUUUUUUUCGAAAAGAAUAGUUGAAUUCUAUUUUUAUUAUUUGUUUUUAAUUCUGUUAAUUUCUAAAAUGUGAAAUAUUUGAAGUGGGUGGACAAAUUCAGCUAUUAUUAUUUCAGCUUAAUUCAGAAAUUACAGUACAUUUAUAUGUUUCAAUGUAAUAAUUUUUCUCCAGUUUAUUAGUUAAAGCAAGUUCAGAGAAACCUUGCCAAAUGUGGGCCUUACAUUGUUAAUAGAUUGCACAUGCUAUGUUCUACAAAUAAAACUUUCUGUUGGAAAAAAUUCAGAUUAUAAAAGCAAACAAGUCUGAAUGUUUUAAUUAAAAAGGAAAGAUGUAGGGAUUAAAAAAAAAUUCUGCUUAAUAGUAGUUUUGUUAUGUAAAUUAAUUUCUAAAAUUGGCAAUUUUUGCCUAAGACAUUGAUUGAAGACAAUUUUGCAUUAUUCUAUUUCUUAUAAAAUAUUCUCUUUUUUCUUCACUUGGGCCAAUAUUCAUUUUUUACAAGUACGUUUUUAUAUCUUUUUUAAAGAUUUGAAUAACUUCUUUUAAGUUAAAGGUGCUUUAUCUUCUUUAUUAUCCCUACUUUUACAGUUAGUUCCAGUUAAGAGAUCAUUCCUUCGUUGAUUUAUUCUUCUAUAAAUGAAAAUUUGCCAUCAGUAAUUGUUUUUGCAAUUUUUUUUUGUCUUCAUUUUUAGUAGUGUAUGUGAUCUGUGGUUUGUAGUGCACUAUGUAAGAAUGAAUGAAAGUUUAGCAAUAGAUAGUUGAAAUAGAAACAAUUACGAUAGUACGUAAGUGCAAAAUUUCCCUUUGCAAAUCUGCGUUGUGCAAGGAUUCAUUCUAUUACUGUUUAUAUAAUACUUGAAUUUUAUUAUAUACAAAUUGAGAUUUGGUUUACUUAUUUUUUGAAAAAAAUGGAUUUAUUUGGUAAUAUUAUUCAUUUUUUAAAAUAUGAUGCAUGUAUCUUUUUGAUUGUUGUGCAUUUUUAUGCUCUUUUAUUGAUAAAAAAAUUAGUUUGAUAUAAGUAUUGAUAUCAAAUCUUUUGAUAAUAGUUUUUAGGUAUGAUGAUAGUAUUAGAUAUUUUAUGCUGUGAAAUGUUUUUUGG